AUGCCUGUUGAAUUUAUUAGUCUGACGUUUCCGAACGCCUCCACGGAGAUCAAGCCAAUCCCUAAUGCAACAAUCGACCCAGAAUAUCUUGAGCGCUACGCGCGAAACCUAGAUGACUAUGCAUUCAACUAUACAUUGGUGCCUUACGACUCAUCCUACUUCGAUCCCUGGACAAUCGGAGCGACAAUUGCCUCCAAGACAAAGAAUCUCAAGAUCAUCAUUGCUCUCCGACCAAACACAUUGUACCCCACCGUGGCAGCAAAGGCACUCGCCACACUGGACCAACUCAGCUCCGGUCGUGUAGUGGUACACUUCAUCGCCGGAGGUAGUGAUGCCGAACAAGCAAAGGAAGGCGACUUCCUCACCAAGGAGCAACGUUAUGCCCGUCUGGAGGAAUAUAUCCGGAUCCUCCGCCGGGCAUGGGAAUCGGCUGAUCCCUUUGACUGGGAUGGUGAAUACUACCAGUUCAAGCAGUUCUCUAACAAAGUUCGUCCCACGAAGGAGACUAUCCCUGUUUCAGUGGGCGGAUCGUCCGACGACGCAUAUCGUAUCGGCGGUGCACUGGCCGAUAUCUUUGGGCUUUGGGGCGAACCCUUGAAAGAAACCAAGGAGCAAAUUGAGAAAAUCUAUGCCGCAGCCGAAAAGGCUGGUCGGACAGAUCGUCCUCGCAUCUGGGUGACUUUCCGACCUAUCAUUGCGGAGACGGAAGAGUUGGCCUGGGAGAAGGCGCACCGCACGCUGGAUGCGCUCCAGGCAAACCGACCCGGUGGCCAGGGUAAUGCGCCUUCUCGGCCACAGAACGUGGGGUCCCAGCGACUGCUGGAUAUUGCAGCUCGCGGCGAGGUGCAGGAUCGCGCGCUUUGGUAUCCGACCGUUGUUGCUACGAAUGCUCGGGGUGCUUCGACUGCCCUGGUUGGAUCUUACCAGACGAUUGUGGACUCGAUCUUGGAUUAUGUUGACUUGGGUGCGGAACUGAUCUCCAUUCGUGGGUAUGAUAACCUCAACGACGCGAUCGACUAUGGAAGAUAUAUUCUGCCGCCUGUCCGUCAGGCACUGCAGGAACGGGGAGCCCAAUCUACGGCUUAG